AUGUUAACUAAUUAUCUCUAAGUUAUGACUUCUAUUGCUACAUUUAAAUUGAAGCUACCAAUUGAAUUUUAAAGUACUAUUAAUACAGCAGGUUCACCAGUUUAAACUAUGACAUAUUCAAUGGAUUGCUUUUUAUCUAACCUUUUUUUAUUUGAAAUUCAGUAUGCUAGAAUGAUUUGGUAAAUAAUUAUGCCUUUUGUUUAUAUCAGUUUCUUUUUUACAUGCUAUUUAUUAGCUAUUAAAUUAAAAUUUACUAGUUACAAUAAGAGUGUCAUCACAACUACUAUUAUAUAUAUGUACAUCUAUUUACAAACAAGUUUAGUUGGUGGAUUUGCUUAAAUUAUAUCCUAUAGAAAUAUAUCAGGAUACUAGUGGAUUUAAGCAAAUGUGGCUUAGAGAUUUGAUACUAAUUAUCACUAUUAAUGGAUUCUCAAAUUUUGUACACCUAUGAUUAUUAUUUUAUUUAUUGUAAUUCCAUCUUAUUUUUUACAUGGACUUAGUAGUAAUUCUAAAAAUUUGGAUAAAAAUUAUGUAAAAUUAUAAUGGGGAUACUUAUAUAAUGAAUAUACAAAAUAAGCAUAUUUUUGGGAAUUAAUCAAAAUUGCAUAAAAACAACUUAUGAUGAUUUGUUUGAUUUAUUAUGAUGAUUACGUUAUUUUAAAAGCUACUAUGAUUGCAUUAAUAAUAGGAAUUUAUUUAGAAUUAAGCUUGAAAUACAAACCUUAUAAUUGCAAUAAUCUUAAUAUGUUAGAUUGUUAGAUAAUGAAUGUAUGCUUAGCCACAAUACUAUUAGCAUCUGGUAUUUAUGUUUCAGAGUAAACUAAUGUUUUUGAAGUCAAAAUUCCUUAUUUUGUAUUAAUAACUAUUAUAAAUGUCUUUAUAACCUAUAUUCUGAUAUCAAAAAUUGUAGUGGAAUACUUAAAAAAGGCAGGUCUCAAUAUUGAAAGAAUUGAAAAAAUAAAAUAAACUAUUAGAAAACUAUUGCCAUUUCUGAAUCAAAUUCCAUUUAUAUCUAAAUUACUGUAAGAUCGUCGUGAACAAAGAAAACGAAUAGUUUAAUUAUAUACAAAAUUAAAGCAAUUCUUAUUACCAUAAGCUAAAGAGAUUAUUGCAUUUAAAGCUUCUAAAUUGAAAUAAGACAGUCAAAGAAAUUUAGAAUAAUAAAUUCUCUCAAAUUAAUUAAGUCUAAAUCAUGCUAAAGAUUAAGAAUUUUUAUUUAGAGAAUCUAUGAAAUAAUCUUCAUUAAAUACUUCAAAACAUAUCUUAGAAUCUACAGUUGCUGAUAAAAUGUAUUAUAAUAUCUAUAAUAGAAAUUUAAAAAGAAAUGAAUAAUGGAGAGUAAAAUAUGGACUAAAUUAAAAAAAAUUGACUUAAACCUAAAUAACUUCUAAAGAUAAAAUUAUUAAAGAUAAUGAAGAAUAAUGA